CCAUCACUCCAAGUAUAAGAAAGUUCCCCUUCGCAACCCGAACCGUCGAAUCAAAUUGCAAAGAAACCGCUUUCCCAAUCCAAGAUAAUUCUCAAUUAACAAUGUCGCUGGUUCCAUCGAUCUUCGGCCGCCGAUCCAACGUGUUCGACCCGUUCUCACUGGAGGUUUGGGAUCCAUUCGAGGGCGGCUUCCCCUUUUCUUUCCCUCAGCGCUCCGAUUUCCCCUCCCUCUCCGCCAACGAGACGUCGUCGUUCGCGCACGCGAAGGUGGACUGGAAGGAGACCCCGACGGCGCACGUGUUCAAGGCGGACGUGCCGGGGCUGAAGAAGGAGGAGGUGAAGGUGGAGGUGGAGGACGGUCGGGUGCUCCAGAUCAGCGGCGAGCGGAGCAGCGAGCGCGAAGAUCAGACGGACACCUGGCACCGCGUCGAGCGCAGCAGUGGGCGGUUCUCGAGGAGGUUCAGGUUGCCGGAGAACGCCAAGGUGGAGGAGGUCAAGGCCGCCAUGGAGGACGGGGUGCUCACCGUGACCGUUCCCAAGGUGGAGACCAAGAGUAAUGAUGUCAGGUCCAUUAACAUUUCUGGCUAGUCUAUACUGUGUGCCGAGUGCGGUUGUCAGGGCUUGGGUUAAUGGUAAAUAACGGUUGGUUUGGUGGGUUUUAUGUAAUCGUCGACUGUGUUGUGAAAAUCGAAGUCUGGUUUGUGAUGUAAAAUUUCUUCUAUCAUAUUAAUACAUAUGCUUGUGUUGUGUUCGAAUUUUAGUAUA